UACGAAUUCAAGUAUGCGGAUUUCACAGUUCAGAUUCAUGGUUUGCCCAUAAUUGCUCAAACAGUGAAGAUUGUGGAAUUCGUUGCCUCCAAAAUUGGAGACCCAUACCCAAUUUCUGCAGAUGAUCAAUCUAAAUGAGGGAAAUUCGCAAAAGCCAGAGUCAAAAUUGACAUCACCAAGGCAUUAAAGCAGGAGAUGAAGUUCACCCUACCAUCAAAGAAGGAGUGCAAAGUCAGUUUCAGGUACGAAAGAUUACCAAAAAUUUGUUUUUCUGUGGUAAAUUUGGCCACAUUAUGAAACAAUGUCCGGAAUUAUCGAAGGAAUUUGAGAAGAUGGGUUUCUACUCCCCUGAAAUUUUCAUGGAGAAGAUGCAGGACACAAACCUUUCUCGAUUUAUUGAAGAAAUUAAUGUCAAUUACAAACCAAAACUAGGCCAAUUCAAUUCCCGUCCCAAAACCAUAACCCCUGUUAGAACUAGUCAAAAUGUUGAAACCUGCAACAACAUAAUCCAACCGACCAUUCAGGCAGUCAUACCAACCAGUCCACCAAACCACAGAAUCAUUACUACCAAUCACUCCCCACCAUCUCCCCAUUACCAGGUAACGGAAAAAGCAUUAACUUCUUCAGUUUCAAAUCUCACCGAGAAUUCAGAAGAGAACCCAAUCAUCAUUAAUACCCAUAAUUCUCAUCCUCCUAUUGAUGAUCCCGUAAUCUCUUCGGCUAGCUCUAAAUUGGAAGCCUUUACAAACCCAUCAUCCCAAUCCACCAAAUCAAUUCACCCCAAAAUCUGUGUCCAAAACCCUGAGAACACCAUUCACAAACCAACACACAUCAAACCCUCUAGCACCACCCCACCUGAACACAACCAGCUCAAUUCUGUUACCACCCCACCAACAGAAACUCAAGUGUACCAAUCAACCUCCCCCUCCCCAUGUUCCUCUCCUGCUGAUCAUGAUAACUCCAUGAAAAUGCGUCACUGGAAAAGGAUGGCAAGAACUUCGCAGAAGUAUGAUCAACCUGACAAUCUACAACAUGCUGGCAGCAAGAGACACCCUUGUCCAGUGGAUUAUGAUCCCCCACUCAAGAAAUUGCACUUAAGUACUGAAGAAAAGGCUAUGGCGACUUGCCUACAAAAGUCGCAAGGGAAAUGUUGGUACAAUCUUGGAACUGUCGUGGAUUAGGGAAUGAGACGACAGCUCUAACUUUGAACCCAUUCCUGCGCAGCUGCAAUCCGUCUAUCCUCUUUCUCUCUGAAACUAGACUCAAUGAGAGAAAUAAUAUAAGUAUUCUCAGCUCUCUGAACUUCAGACAUUUUGAAUUUAUUCCAUCUCAAGGAAGAAGUGGUGGGUUGGCAGUUUUAUGGAAAGACAAUGUCGACCUCAGAAUUGUUACAAAGAACCAGAAUCUUAUCCACUACAUCAUUUAACCUAAACUUUCCACUCCAAGAUGGAAUCUCCUCUGCAUCUAUGGACCUCUAGCUCAUCAUUCUAGAGACCCAUUAUGGAGAAGUAUCUCUUCCACAAUUGCUGCGAUUACUGAUCCCUGGAGCAUCAUUGGGGAUCUAAAUAUUCUCAUGCACCAUUAUGAGAAACAUGGCGAUUCACCAAAUACCGACAUCAGCUGCAAUGAAUUCCGAAAUCUGGUGAGAGAAAGAGAUGUGAUUGAUUUGGGAUUUCCUGGACCUGCUUUCACUUGGUCAAAUAACGCUGUCCAAUCAACUCCAAUAUUUGAAAGAUUAGACAGGGUUGUUUGCAACACCGAAUGGAGACUUCUUUCUCCUGAUGCUGCGGUGCUACACCUUCCUAGAAUCGACAGUGACCAUGCACCCAUCAUUCUAAACACUAUGAGGAAACCUCCCAAAAGAAGACCAAAUUAUAAAUUUGAGUUCUAUUGGACUGACCAUCCUCAGUUCAAUGAUAUCAUUGAAGAUAAAUGGGAUAACUCUUCGGGAAACAUGAUUAGCAGAUUGGACACCCUUGGAAAAUGUCUCAUGAAAUGGAGCAAAGACACUUUCGGUGACACUAAGAUAGAAAUUGAAAUCGAGAGACAAAAGUUGGUGGAAUUACAAACCACUUGGUUGAUACAAGGGAAGAAGAGAAGGCAAUCUGUUAGAAGAUUGCCAGUCUGGAGAAGAGAAAUAGAAUGUUCUGGCAAUAAAUCGAAAUGGAUCCCCGCCACCGAAAAAAUACCCAGCCGGAAGGGUUUUUCUAUGGUGAAAGAGGACUCAGACAAGGGUGCCCACUCUCACCCUACCUUUUUAUCAUCUGCUCUCAUACUCUAUCUAGCAUUAUUAACAGGAUGGAACGAGACGGGCUCUACAGUGGUUAUCAGAUGAACAGAAGAGAUCCAACCAUAAAUCAUAUUAUGUUUGGGGAUGAUGUGAUGUUGUUUGGGAACACAAAUGAUACCACCAUCAACUCGAUCACCGAGAUUCUGCAACAUUACUACAAUGUUUCUGGGCAACUGGUCAACUACAACAAGUCUUCUAUACACUUUAGCAAGAGUGUGUCAGAUGAAAGAAGCAAUGAGAUAACAACAAUUCUGGGGGUUUCAAGAAUGAGCAAAGAUGACAAAUACCUGGGUGUCAAUAUAUUACAACAAGGAAACAACAUUUCAAAUUUCUCUUUUCUCAUCGAUAAAUUCGACGAGAAGUUAGCACUUAGCAGGCUGGAAGAAAUACUCUCUCACUCAUGAAAGAAGAACAACCCUGAUACAAGUUGUUCUUGCACUCAUCCCGGUGUACUUCAUGGCAACAUCUAUCAUUCCUAAAACAGUACUCAACAAGCUCACCUAAAUCAUCAGAAAUUUCUUGUGGGGACACACAGGUGACGAAAGGAAGAUGCACUUCCUUAAGUGGGAAUGGUUCAAUUUACCAAAAGAAAAAGGGGGAUGGGACUUAGGUGUCUGACCGAUCUUAAUCAAGCUUUAGUGGCGAAAUUAUCAUGGAGAUUUCUAAAUGAUGAUAACUCACUGUGGUGCAAAAUCUUAAAGGCUAAGUAUCUCAACAAUGUGUCCUUUUGGGAUGCAAAGAAGCCUAACAAAUGUUCUACUGCCUGGUCUGCAAUGCUUGCAAGGAGAAAUCACUUGAAGAAGGGUUGCUUAUGGCUAGUCGGCAACAGUCUCCACAUUAACAUCAGGUCAGAUCCUUGGAUUCCCACUGCUCCUGAUCUUACUGCCUCCUUUGAAAUGCAGAACAUGUCAGAAAUUACUAAACUUAACCAGCUUUUAGACACUGAAACUGGUAAGUGGAACUUGCAGCUCCUUCAACAAAUCUUCGACCCUUUUACAGCUACACAAAUCAACAACAUUCAGAUCCAUAAAGAAGCUGAAAACAAGUUCAUAUGGCAUCUUACUAAACAUGGUGAUUUCACACCACAAUCUUUCCAAAAACUCCUCCUUGAUCAAGCUGGUGAGUCCUCUGUACACAAUGAGUCUUCAUUUCCCUGAAAAAAGUUUUGGAAAAUUAAGAAAGUUGCUCCAAAAAUCAAAACUUUUAUGUGGAGGCUCUGCACAACGGAAUUGGGGUGUUUAAAAGAAUCAGAAAAUUUGUUGAAGGUGUUUCCAGUGACUGCAGAAUCUGUAAUGUCAGUGAAGAAAGUGUCGACCAUCUGUUACUACACUGCUCGACGGCUCAGCCUAUUUGGUUUGCCUCCCCUCUAGGUCUUAGACUACAAGAAGACCAUCAUCUCACAUUGGGUAAUCUUGUAGAGCAAUGGCUUACAUGUCAGGACAAUGAAUACUCCUUUGCCAUGGGAGCUACUACUUCUUGGGCCUUGUGGAAGGCAAGGAAUGAACUGGUAUUUGACAACAAAUAGGUGAAUGUUCGAGGAAUUCUUACAGUGGAUUUCUAUUGGUUUAAUCUCUAUUACAACUUCUCAGAUUCCGCGGAGACCGAGCCUGCACACAUGUCUGAAAUAACAACCGUAAAUAUCUCCCCAUCGGAAUAGCUGGCUCCUCCAAUCAGUGCCAUCAAGAUAAAUGUCGACGCAGCUAUUCGAAAUGGCCAGUUUGCCUGUCCUGCAAUCACAAGAGACAGCGAAGAAAAAUUAUGUGGUGCUAGCACAAAACUUGGUUGGUCUAAUAUCCCUGUUGUGGCUGAAGCGGAAGGUUUCUUACUUGCUGCAGAAUUAGCAAAGUGGCUCAAUUUUGAGAUUGUUAUAAUCGAAGGGGACUGUGAAGUGAUGGUAAAGAUCUUGAAAGGAGAAGCUCAAUCAUCUCCGUGGAGAAUCCGGAAAACUAUCGACGACAUAAAAGCGCUGACAAGAACUUCUCCACAAAUAUCCUUCAAUUUUUGCCCAAAGCCUGCUAAUGCAACGACACAUCUUAUUGCUGCAUACGCUAUCAAAAACAAAGUCCAACAUAAAUGGACUGUUGAUCACUGCCCUAGUUUUAUCACUUCUGCUCUUGAUGUAGGUCAUAGAUGGUGUGUUUUUCCAUUUUUAUGUACCAAAAAAAAAAAAAAAAAGUUGGAAAUAUUUUA